AAUAAAUUUGCAUGUUAUUUGAAUACAGUUUGUUUUGGGAAAAUAUAAAAAUAUACAAAUGCUAACGUAAUUACAUUCAACAUUCAUUUUUUAGUAUAUCUUCAUUCUCUCAAAAAAAGUGCAACCGUGUGCGGUUUUUUGUACUUUUUUUUUUAAUUAAUUUUAUGUGGAAUCUUUUAUUCUGAGAAAACAGAAAAGAAAAACAAAAUCUUUGGAAUCUUCUUCUUAAGUUAGUCCAAAAGCCAGAAGAAGCAACAUUAAAUUCUUGCUUCCAAAAACACAGUAAAAGCACCUCUCAACCUCGUCAUCAUCUAGUUUUUUUUUUUUUUUUUAUUUUCUCCAAACCAACAACAUUCUGAACUGAACUCCACCUCAUUCAUAUCGAUUGUGUCUCGGCGCGUUUGGUGUCGUCUUGAGAGAGGAAGAUAAUAAAGUGAAUUAAGAAAAGUAAAUAAAAUUAAUAAAAUAAUUGUGUUGAAAUAAAAUCAGCAAAACAAAAGCAAAAAAAAAAAAAGAUGUCGACGUUGAGUAAUAAAUUUAAAACCCUUUCGGUUGAGGAAAAAGCUGAAAUACAGGAAAAGUUUACAGACAUCGAUACAAACAAAGAUGGUUUCAUUGACCUAUCAGAACUUAAAGAUGCUCUCGAUCAAGUAGGCUUCAAAUUAGCUGGCUAUCAAGUACGUGAAAUGAUUGAUGAAUUCCGUAACAAACAGAGAACAACUCAUGCAGGCAAAUUAAAUUUGGAAGAAUUUGAAAGUCUAUGUUUGGAUUUGAAAUCAAAAGAUGUUGCGAGCACUUUCAAAACAGUUGUCUCGAAAAAAGAGAAUCUUGAAACAUUGGGUGGCAUGUCAUCGAUCUCAUCCGAAGGAACAACACAUUCCGUUCGCCUCGAAGAACAAUUGGCUUUCUCCGAUUGGAUAAAUUCAAAUUUAGGACAUGAUGUCGAUUUGAAACAUUUACUACCAAUCGAUCAGGAAGGCAAACAUUUAUAUCUGUCCAUUAAGGAUGGUAUCCUUUUGUGUAAAAUCAUCAAUCACUCCUGCCCGGAUACAAUCGAUGAACGUGCAAUUAACAAAAAGAGCUUAACUGUCUACAGAGAAUUUGAGAAUUUAACUCUAGCUUUGGUGUCGUCACAAGCCAUUGGUUGCAAUAUUGUUAAUAUCGAUGCACAUGAUUUGGCGAAAGGAAAACCACAUUUAGUUUUGGGAUUAUUGUGGCAAAUCAUUCGAAUUGGUUUGUUCAGUCAUAUCACUUUGGAUAGUUGUCCCGGUUUGGCUGGGCUAUUGUUUGAGGAUGAACGUUUGGAGGAUUUGAUGAAACUAUCACCAGAGGCUAUUUUGUUGCGUUGGGUUAAUCAUCAUUUGGAGAAGGCUGGUAUCUCAAGACGCUGCACCAAUUUCCAGAGUGACAUUGUUGAUUCGGAAAUCUAUACACAUUUGUUGAAACAAAUUGCACCAAAUGACUCGGGAGUUACUGUGGAAGCUUUGAGAGAAUCCGAUUUAUCAUCUAGAGCUGAGAUUAUGUUGCAGCAAGCUGCAAAAUUGAAUUGCCGCAGUUUCUUGACACCACAGGAUGUUGUCAAUGGAGUUUAUAAAUUGAAUUUAGCUUUUGUUGCCAAUUUGUUUAACAAUCAUCCUGGCUUGGAUAAGCCCGAAGAAAUUGAAGGUCUUCAGACAAUCGAAGAAACACGAGAAGAAAAAACUUACAGAAAUUGGAUGAAUUCUAUGGGUGUUGCCCCACAUGUCAAUUGGUUAUAUUCAGAUUUAGCUGAUGGUCUAGUGAUAUUCCAGCUAUUCGACAUCAUUAAACCAGGCAUUGUCAAUUGGAGCAAAGUCCACAAAAGAUUUACUCCACGAAAGAAGUUUAUGGAAAAGCUAGAGAAUUGCAAUUAUGCAGUUGAAUUGGGAAAACAAUUGAAGUUUUCUUUGGUUGGAAUUGCUGGACAGGAUUUGAAUGAUGGAAAUGCUACCUUGACAUUAGCUCUAAUUUGGCAACUUAUGCGCGCCUACACCCUCUCGGUUCUUUCACGCCUAGCCAACACUGGCAAUCCAAUAAUUGAAAAAGAAAUUGUCACAUGGGUGAAUGAGAAACUUGCCGCUGGUGGCAAGCAAACAAGUUUAAGAAACUUUAACGAUUCCGCAAUUGCUGAUGGCAAGAUUGUAAUUGAUUUGAUUGAUUCAAUUAAACAGGGAAGCAUCAACUAUGAUUUGGUGCGACACGCUAAUACCGAAGAGGACAACCUUGCCAAUGCAAAAUACGCAAUUUCAAUGGCCCGUAAAAUUGGUGCCCGCGUUUAUGCCCUGCCCGAGGAUAUCACCGAAGUGAAACCAAAAAUGGUGAUGACUGUAUUUGCUUGUCUUAUGGCCAUGGAUUACAUUCCAAAUAUGGAUAGUGUACAAAACAACAUUAACAGCAAUUAAGUGAAAGUUCCAAACAAAACAAAAA